GACCUGUCCACUACCUACCUACCUGCAAUUUCGGUCCUGUCUGAUAAAUAAUUCGCAAUGGCUACGGUACCCAGUUAUGCUGGAGAAUGGUCUUCAUUAGAGGUACCCCUAACCGGAUCAACCAAGGAGACUUUGGACGCAAUGGGCUUUACGCAAAUGACACCCGUCCAAGCUGCCGCCAUUCCACUGUUUAUGAAGAACAAGGAUGUUGUUGUUGAGGCUGUCACUGGAUCAGGAAAGACUCUUUCAUUUGUCAUCCCAGUGAUUGAGAAACUCAUGCGCAGAGAGUAUAUUCUAAAGAACAAUGAAAUUGGUGCAGUCAUCAUCACCCCGACUAGAGAACUCGCAACCCAAAUCAAUACAGUGUUCGAAAUUUUCAUCAAGGAUCACCCGAAAAAAAAGCAAUUGUCGCAUGCUCUCUACAUUGGCGGUACCACCACAUUGGCGGAGGACGUUGCGAACUUCAAAACAGAACAUCCUAGGAUCUUGAUUGGAACGCCUGGGAGAUUAGAGGAGAUGUUGACAAAGACCGCAAAGUUGAUCAACACCAAGGAGUUGGAAAUGCUGGUGUUGGAUGAAGCAGAUCGAUUAUUGGAUAUGGGAUUUUCACAACAGCUUUCAUCCAUUAUUGCCAACCUUCCCAAGCAGCGUCGAACGGGACUUUUCUCAGCCACCAUGACAGAUGCCAUUACAGAACUUGUACGUGCUGGAUUGCGCAAUCCUGUACGUGUGGUUGUCAAAGUUGAGGAUUUAGAGAACCAAGGCAAAGAGCAGCGUACACCAGCCAGUCUCAAGAUUAACUACCUUGUAUGUGAUCCCGAUCAGAAAAUGGCUCAAGUUGUUCGACUACUUUUGAAAGAAUUGGAUGACUUUAGUUAUGGAGCCAAGAAAUUCAUCAUCUAUUUUGCCACUUGCGCUUCGGUUGAUUACUUUUACAAGAUUAUGUCCAAGCUCACCCAGCUCAAGCCAUUCUCAAUCCACUCACUACACGGACAAAUGGACACCAAGCGCCGAACUGCAACAUACUCAUCAUUUGUCGGCCUACCGGCUGCAACGCCCGCCUUGUUGCUUUGUACAGAUGUUGCUUCGCGUGGACUGGAUAUUCCUGAUGUCGACUAUGUUGUUCAAUUCGACCCACCGCAGGACCCUAAAGCAUUUUCUCAUCGUUGUGGACGCACAGCUAGAGCGGGGCGAAAUGGCAAAGCUACUGUGUUCUUGAAUCGGGGCAGAGAAGAAGUGUAUGUCGAGUUCCUCAAACUUCGCAAAAUUCCCAUGGAACCCGCACCGUAUUUAAUGAACGACUUGUCUGAACAUCCCCAAGCAGCUCCACAAAACGAUGACGAAAAGCCAAUUACACCUGAGAUACCUGAUCCGUCAAUACCCACGUUCAUCCAGGAAAUGCGACAGAUCGUCAAGACAGACCGUGACCUGCACGAUAAAAGCUUCAAAGCAUUCACAUCCUUCAUUCGCGCUUACUCAAAGCACGAUGCAAGCUAUAUUUUCCGAGUAAAGGAUCUUGAUCUGGGAAAGGCAGCCACGGGCUUUGGACUUUUGAGGCUUCCAAAAAUGCCAGAAUUGAAGGGAAAGACCAAUGUCGCUUUCGAGGAGGAGAAUAUAGAUUGGGAUAAUUUCAAGUUCCUCGACAAAAGCAAAGAAGCGAAGCGAGUGAAGGAACUGGAAGAGUACAAGAAGUCAAUUCCAGCGCCUAAGCAGGCAAAACCAAAGUAUGUAGAAUCACUCUAAGCUUACUUACUCUAAGAAGUGAAGGAUACUAACAAUA